AUGGUGAUGGUCCUGGGCCCCCUGUUGUUGGUCUUUAUGCUGGGUCUGGGUAUGACCCCACCAGCCCUGGCACAAGAUAACUUCAGGUACAAAGAUUUCCUGACCAAGCACUAUGAUGCCAAACCAGGGGGCCGGAAUGACAGAUAUUGUGACAGCAUGAUGAAGAGACGAGGCCUGACAGCACCUUGCAAGGACACCAACACCUUCAUUCAUGGCAACAAGGGCAACAUCAAGGCCAUCUGUGGAAAUAACGGAAUCCCUUAUGGAACGCAUUUCAGACUAAGCAAAUCUUCUUUCCAGAUCACCACUUGCAAGCAUGUAGGAAGCUCCCCCCGACCACCAUGCCGGUACAGAGCCUCACAAGGGUUCAGAGGCAUUGUUAUUGCCUGCGAAAAUGGCUUACCUGUCCAUUUUGAUGAGUCCUUUAUCCAUCUACAACCAACAGGCUACUAG